GUUAUUCGGAGUCUGUUACACUCACACCUGUGCCCCGCAAAACAAUGACAGCCAUACUUGGCCCCGUCUCUUCACGAUGCACAGACUUGAAACCCAUCACAUGGCCUACCUGCAAGCUGCAGCUGCACUGACUCAAAAUGCGGGAUGUGGACAAAUACUAAGCAACCAAUCAAAUAGCGGCGAGCCGGCGCUGAGCUCAUCUAUUGGACCAAACUCCUGUCAGUCACCACAGACAAGCUCUGCGAGGCAGCGGUGAGCUGGCUGCAGUACAGAGAUGUGAAGAAUUAUUUGCCAUGCCGCUAAAUCGGUGUCUGGACAGGCCAGGUGAUGAAUAGCCGGAGAUCCUCCCCUUGCAGUCCGAGCCCAAUCACUCCGUCUGGGGGCUGACCGCUUACUCGGGGUGCUCGUGUGAUAAACAUGGCACCCAUCAUGGAGGGCACACACACUGUGUUGCUCCUAUAUGCACCCAUCUGUGAGAUAAGCAACAUCAGCCUGUAUUUCCCCAAGAGGCGGGCCCCGGGCUUUAAGUACAAGAGCCGCGCCCCUCAUUCAGAAAUGGCCUGUAAUGACCAUGACCGGGGAAAGGAGGAUCUCGCAGUCUCCGAACAAAGAGGCCAGUCUUCCGGCUCCUCGGGCGAACUUCUCAUCACCCAGCAGGCAACAAAGGAGGCAGUUGCAGAGCUCUGCUGGCUUGCAGCGGAGCACCACCAGUUGCUGGCGGAUCUCUUGUCGCUGUGUAGGGAUUGCGCCAUCAAAGUCAGGAUGGGUAACCAGGAUGGGAAACUCCAGGAUUACAUGGAGGGUCCGGAAGUUCACCUUGGCGGUCAGGUCCUCAGCAGCAGCAGCAACCAGUCUCUCACGGUGUCCCAAGAGCAUAAGAGAGCGACAUCCAAGAGCAAAAAGCUGAAGAAGUCGGGAGGCAAGAAGCUUGACGGCACCGAGAAUAUCCUGCACAGUAAGUUGAAGAGGAAAGUUAAGAGUAGCACUUCAUCUGUUGAGCGUCCUGCUCACAACAGUGCGUCCACAUGUUCAGCCUCAGUAAUGCAGCAGAUCCCAGGUACCUCAACCUCUGGCCAUGUCACUGACAGCCCAGUCACCGGCUCUUGUGUCAGUGCAGUCAGUAAUCCCAUCCUGCCCAUGGAGGAACCCUUCCAGAUCACUCGUGAGGGUUGGGACUUCAUGGAGGACAACCGGACAUUUGACUCCGACAUCGAUUUCUGCAACGACUUCUCAGAGUACGACGGUGAGCUGGGUUAUGAGUCGUCAUUCUGCAACCUGAUGGAGGGUCUGACUCGGCGGGAAAGCGGGAACAACCUUCGCCCAGUUAAGAGGUCUGAUUGCCUGGGUGAGACCGUUUCUGAGAAUGGAUCAGCAGCCAUGUCCGCUCAGCAGCUGUAUGGGGAAAUCAACCAGCUCAAUAAAGGGGUCAGGGUGGUGGCUAAAGUGCAGGAUGUGGAAGGGAGAGUGCAACAUGUCAACCACACGAGCCCCGACACGGCCGGCCCAGCCAUGCUACGUCCAGGGACUAGCAGCUGCCAGCAGGGGUAUGUAGAGUGGAGAGGACCAAACGGAGACCACCUGCUGGGAGUCGGUAGAGAAAAGACAGGUAACCAGCUCUCUGAGGGGCUACGGUUGCCCUUAUCACAUACCACCGAAACUCGCCCCCCAGCUAAAUACCACACAAAGAGCCCUUCUUCACCAUCGCUCGCUGGGGUCUUCAACACAUCUUUCCCUGCCUCCAACAGUCUCCAGAGCAUGUCCCCAGUCCUGUCCCCUCUGUCCUCCAAGCAGGAAAGCCCACAGCUCAACCACCGCAUCGUUCUGCUCUCGGAUAAGGAUGUGGACCACGAACAAGACAGCUCCAGUAACACAGAUGAGGCCAAACUCUUCUCCGAGGUCAUCGACAACAACGGCAACAAGCGGACUGUCGCCCGUCUGGAACUGAACCUCAGCAGGCGGCCCAGCAACUUCAAGUGGAACUCCUCCAGCAACUCCACGACAACAGCAGCAUCAGAUGGCCUUCCCUGUGAUUUACUAAUAGACCGUGGAUAAUGGUUGGUUUUACCUCUAAUUCAAGAACUGUGCUGCAUUUCUAAGGACGCUCCAGAGUAUUUGAGUUGUUUCAUCACUUCACAGACCAGAACCAGAACAACCGACACAGCCAGCAAUGCGAUGCUCAGCAACAGCCGAGGAGGAGGAGGAGGAGGAGGAGGAGGAGGAGGAGGGCUGAGCUGAGCUGAGCUGUGUGAUGCUAAGCUAACUGGUGGAUAGGGGAAUAGAUAGCCCAGCUUUACUCAUGUGGCAAUCAUUUGGAUCGGUUCCCACUGAAAUGACACUGUCCCUGUAUGUCCUCACCUCUGCAUUCACAGAUGCCACACACACAGAUGCCUCCAUUAACAUUUAGGCACACACGCACGCACACAUAAUCCACAUUUUCUGGCAUUACACCACACCUUUUAAAAAAAAAAAAAAUAAUUAAAUUCAGUGUUCUUGCAAAUGUCAAAAGUGACAUUAUGAGCCCUGUUUUUUUAAUAUCCUGAGCAGCUGAUGUAACUGCAUGAUAUUGUAAGCCAUAAGCUGUCUGUAUGAGACUGUGACAGAGCAAGAUACACUUACAUUGUUGGCUACAUCAUGCUAACCAAAUGCUUAAUGCUGCACAGUCCUCGCACUCAAAGCUCAAACCUUUCAUCUUAAAAUAGAUCCUUUUGUUCUUUUUUUGCCGCAUCUUAGCUGCUUACUAGAUCGCCCUUGUGUUGCGUGAUAAUUGAAUACACUUGAUGUUAACACAGAAAAACGAACAUCACAGGGUCCAGCCAAAAGGGCUAAGUGGGUCUGUUAGAAGCCCGGCCCUUCAUAGUUCGCAAAUGGCGCACUAAUUAUAAUACGGGUUCUUUAAUCUCAAUGCUUAUUAAUGAGGGUGAUGAUGCAGACAGAGAUUGUGAUUUUAAAGUAAUAAAUUCUGUUGUUUGUUUCAUGUGCUAAUGCUCUGUAGUCUGUAAUACUCUGUCUAUACAUUCACUGAAGGUCUGUAAGUGGUUGCAUGUGUGUUUACACAUUACCUACGUAAUGUAUGUUUGUUAGUUUUCAUUUACGUUAGCAUUUGUGUUGCUUGUUCUCUUAUACUAUAUCAGUAGUUUAAAGCUGCACAAGAACCUGCAAUAAUAGAUUGGGGACAGUGGAAACAAGCUACAAAUACACUGACAUAUUAUCAUCUCUCAGUGGACAUGGGGAAACUUCUUAGUAUACAUUUGCCUAUUUUACACAUCAAGAAGAUACAGGGAAACAUUUGCAUUUAUUCCGGCCACCUGGUAAAUGUAAAUCCACUAUUUACUCUCCUUUUAGCUCUGUUUCGGUCGUCACCAGCUCCUGAUACACAGCUUAUUGCUCCGCUCUGUUCACCAGCUAGCCAUUAACUUUGUCUGUCUGCUGUUUGUUGCUGAGCAUGUAGUAUACAGUGGGUUUGUAGAGCGUUUACAUUGGCCUGCGCACAAAAAUGAUAAUAAGAGUGGUGAUACUAAAGCCAAACAGUGAAGUUGUGGGCCAGAAACUCAGAAUAAUUAGCUAAAAGACGCCAUAAAGCUCGGUAGAGCUGGGGGCAACCUUUUUCACAUUACACUGAUCCACUGUCAAAAUGUUGAUAAUGGCUGCUUUAAAACAUCACUUUUCAGUCCAAUCAGCCAUUCGUCCCCCUCCCUCCCUUCCUUCCCCUACUUAUUUUAUUGUCUGACAUAUACCAUAAUCAGAUUACCAAAUAUGUUCCUGCAAGGUCAUAUGAAACUGAUCAGGGCAGAGCAGGAGUAUAUCACCCCGCUCUCCCAGCUCACUGUCAUUCAACACAAAUUGCCCUGCCAUGCAACAUUGUUCCCUCAGUGAAGACAAGGGCCGGCUCUAUUCAGAUAAUGAAGUGGAUUCUGCCAAAACCUGCUUCUCUCGGUCUGCAUACUACGUGCAGUGAAACGGGGCACAAAGGUCCUUCUCAUAUAACGUGUAACUUGUUUUCUUUAAUAAAUGACUCCUUCGCUACCACCGUGGCAAAUGGUAGCUAUAUGUUCCAUCUCGUGCUUUUCAGCAUGAGCAGCUUUUUAAAGGCUUCUCCUCAAUGUCUCACUCUUUUAAACAUGCACCCACCAGUGGACUGGAGUGACUUUUUAACCAAAUUUCCUGUCUCCCAGUUAAUGGCCCGCCAGGCCCAAUGAAAGCACUCCUCACUCUUCCUCAGUUCUGUGUAUCCCAUUAGCCUCCAGCACUGCAUUUCAAAUGAAUAAUGAUGACUCUGUGAGCAUCGUGUCAUGCUACAUUGCUGCUCUGGCCCUCAAAGCACCACAGCACUGAUCCCUGAGCUGAGUUUCAACUCGCCCCUCACAUGGACCUCAGCACUGCCAGCCAAACCAGUCAGUCUAUCAGCCAGCCUGACAGCCGUGCACGGCCGACAAGCCUGCGUAGAAAAAGAAACCGGGUGAUUUAUAAUCCUUCAUUUUUCAUGCUUUAUAUAGAAGUCUAUGAUUCUUCUUCCUGCCUAAAAAGUGAUGGAGGUGGUGGUGAGGAUGCCAGAUGCACCUCAGUUUGCCGCAUGGCCUAGUUAUUUUACUUUGAAUUAUGAGGUUCAUAGAUUUUUAGUGGAUAAAAUAGGGCAGACAGGGCAAAGCUGUUUGAAUGUCUGUAACAACAAUGAGACUUUAGCGUGAGAGGAGAUAGGCUAGUGUUGCUUUGUGAAAAGAUCUGAAAUUAUAGAUAUGCGUAUAGGUAUUUCUGCUGUUGUCUCGUGUUAGGAUGUUCCAGUCAGCAUUACUUGCUAUUCGACCAAACUGUACUGCACCCUGUGUCCGCUCAGUUAUGGACACCGUGAUUUACUCUCAGCUUUUCGAGCAGCAGAGAGGAAGAUUAUAUGGCAAUGAGCGCUCAGUUUUCCCCAUGGCCAGCGAACCUAAGCUCUGUGUGUGUGUGUACAUGGAAGAGUGCAGCGCCUUCAUUACCUAUUGCAUGUAAGAGUUGAUUCUCCAUAUCUGAUUACUGUCAUUACAUUGCAGUGUCGUGCGUUACAUCGCUAUGUCUACCUUCUAGCAUUCAGCACUGACAUUAGAGCUUCACUGCAGUGUUUGACUACAGCGAGAAAAAUAUGCCUCUUCCUCUCCCUGUCCAGAUGGUGGCAGUGUGGGCCGCCGUGCACUUCUAAUUAUGUGACUGUCAAUUUAUUUGGGAAAGCAUUGUCACACAUGUACAAGAUCCAGGUUGUUUAGCCGAGUCAUGAAUGAACAUAGCCAACGUAUAUCAAUAGGUGUUCAUUGUUUGCCUAUUUUAUAUAUUUAAGAGGGAUUGUAGAGAGAGCUGUUUCUGAUCACAAAUGUCUUUCCUUGGCCCGGACUGGGCUUAACUCUGCAUUUGGAAGGGUCCCAACCUACAGUCAGCAGUUCCCACUGCGGCACCAUGCAGCGCAGCAUUAUCAUAAUGGAAAGUUAUUAAUCUAAUCCUUUUUCCCCCUGCUGUCCCAAGUCCUAGAUAACUGGAGGGACUGCAGGCAUUGCUGCCGUCUCAUAAUGA